GAACUGUCCUUCAUCACAGAGCCCAGCGAUGUGACGGUACUACCAAAGGAUCCUGCUGUGUUGGACUGCCAGGCUCAUGGGGAGCCCCCAGUUACCAUCAAGUGGCUAAAAAAUGGAGUUAAGUUGGCAGAAAGUGAACACUUCCAAUUCCUGCCCAAUGGCUCCUUGUACAUACCAAAGAUAAAGCACACCAAGGAGGACUCGGAUGAAGGAUUCUACCAGUGCCUGUCUCAAAACAGAUAUGGAGCUAUCUUAAGCCAAAGAUCACGUCUGACUAUCGCAAGGAUCUCAGAGUUUCUGGUGCAUCCUCUACCUGUGGUGGUGUCUGAGGGCUCUGUGGCCCGUUUUUCCUGUGCUGUCAUUUCCAACCCUCCAGCCACCAUCACCUGGGAGCACAACCAAAGUACACUGCCACUACAAACAGACAGAAUAACAGUUUUGCCAAAUGGAGUUCUUCAGAUUCACAAUGUGCAGCUGGAAGAUGCUGGACAAUAUCGAUGUGUGGCAACUAAUAUCGGCAGUCGUUUGAGGAGUGGGGAAGCCACAUUCACUGUCAACAAAGUUACUGGCCCUAAACCGCGUCAGAGGCCCAGAAUCAUCGCCGGACCUCAGAAUACGACAGCUUCCCUUCAUCAAACUGUGGUGCUGGAGUGUGUUGCCACAGGCAAUCCCUCACCCAUCAUCUCGUGGAGCCGCGCCGACAGUAAAGCCAUCGACGUCUACAAUGCCAAGGUCCUGGGUAAUGGGAACCUGGUUAUUACUGAUGUCAGUUCCAAGCACAGUGGAGUGUACCUGUGCAGGGCCACCACACCUGGAACCCGCAACCACACCACCGCCGCCGCCAACCUCACAGUUCUAGUGCCGCCAACCAUCGUCGAGAAACCUGAAAGCCAGACCCGUCCAAGAGCUGGCACGGCCCGGUUUAUGUGCCAGUCAGAGGGAGUGCCUCCGCCACGCAUCAGCUGGCUCAAGAAUGGAGAAGAGGUUCACUUAAAUGGAAGAAUUAAGAUGUAUAACAGUAAAUUGGUGAUCACGCAAAUUAUUCCCGAGGAUGAUGCCAUCUAUCAGUGCAUGGCAGAGAAUAAACAGGGUUCUGUGCUCUCCGUGGCUCGCCUUAUCGUUGUAAUGUCAGAGGACAGGCCCAGUGCUCCGAGGAAUAUCCAUGCUGAGACCAUUUCAAGCUCUGCCAUCUUGCUGGCCUGGGAGAGGCCUCUCUACAAUGCAGACAAAGUCAUUGCCUAUUCCAUCCAUUACAUGAAGGCUGAAGGGCUAAACAACGAAGAAUACCAAGUUGUUAUCGGCAACGACACCACCAGUUAUAUCAUCGAUGACCUCGAGUCGGCUCGAAACUACAGCUUUUACGUGGUGGCAUACAUGCCAAUGGGAGCCAGUCGUAUGUCAGACCAAGUCAGUCAGCAUACCUUGGAGGACGUGCCUCUGCGUACCCCAGAGCUAAGUCUGACCAGCCACAGUUCAACGGACAUUCAGGUGAGCUGGCAGCCACUGCCAGCAAAGAUUAGCCGUGGACGGGUGUCGGCUUACAGGCUCUCCUACCGCACAGCUGUAGACAGCACUGUCAAGUCUGUGGAGCUACCACACAACAGCACGGAAUAUUUCCUGGGGGCUCUGCAGCCGGAUACUAUCUACCUGCUGCGUAUGGCUGCAGCCACCCGUGUGGGCUGGUGUGAGCCAUCAGCGUGGAGCUCACACCGCACACCCAAAGUGUCCAGCAACAAAGGUAAACCCGCCAAAGUCUGGACAGGAGAUGUCAUCAAGUUUGGAAGCUCAAGAUUUGAUAUAGUGCCCUCAGCUCCUAUUCUUCAACUUGAGCCUCUUAACUGCACCUCCAUUGUGGCACGCUGGCAAACCACCCCUGGUUCUGUGGCCGCUCAGGGUUUUCGGUUGUGCUACCACGAGGAAGGUCAGCCAGAGCAGCCCAACAUCCUCCUGCAAGCUCCAACUUCUACCUUUACUAUCAGUGGCCUUGAUCCAAGAAGAAAAUAUCACGUGAAGAUUCUGGCUGUCAGUAAAGCUGGAGAUGGUUACCAGACAGAUCAAACCGUUAGCACUCCAGGAUGUGUUUCUACUAGAGACCAACUGGUAGCAGCACCCCCAUCUCCACAUCAAGUGACUGUCUUGACCAGCAAUUCAUCUGCAGUGUUGCUGCGUUGGAGUCAUCCUGCUUUUCCACCUGGAAAGGCUGUUAGCUAUACAGUCCGCUGCACACCUGUGGGCACACAUAAUGUGUCAGCUAUACGCUACCUGCAAAUUAACAAACAGAGCGUGAUGGUUAAGAAUUUAGUUCAAAACACUCGCUAUGAAUUUGUGGUGCGUCUCCAUGUGGACCAGAUGUCAAGUCCCUGGAGUUCUGUUCUUUACCAUCAGACCCUCCCUGCAGCUCCCAGCCAGCCACCUGCAGGAGUGCGAGUAACCCUGAUUGAGGAUGACACUGCUCUGGUGUCGUGGAGGGACCCCACAGAUCCCAAUGUGAUCAUUACACACUACACCAUCCUAUAUGCAUCACAGAAAGCUUGGAUUGCUGGUCACUGGCAAAAAAUACAAAGAGAGGGAAGUCAUACAAUGGCCUUACUGGAGAAGCUGGAGCCAGGGAAUGUCUACCUGGUGAAGAUAUGUGCCUCCAAUAGGGUAGGCGAUGGACCUUUCUCUAACAUUGUGGAGCUGACCCUGAGGCGAGGACACCUGCACCGCAGCAAGAACCCCAGGCACUCUGACAACUUCCCCGAUCCGGAAGUGUAUUCCGAUGGUCUCUACCACAUAGACCAGAAAUCCAUGACAGGGAUCAUGGUGGGUGUGAGCAUCGCCUUAACUUGCAUCGCUAUGUGUGCCUUGAUCUUGAUUAGCAAGGGCCGACCAAGAAAAUCUUCUAGUUCCAAAGGCAUUGCUGGUGGAGCUCCGGAUGGCCCCCGGGCUGGUUUUCCAGCCCCCGGUGACUGCCACGCUGAGAAUGUGGAGGCCCUUAUACCUAUGAUAAGUGAGCACUUCAUAGAUCCUAAGGUCGGAUCUAAUAUAGUCAUAAAUGGCGUCGGCCCUCUCGGCAGCAAUAUUGAAAGCCAGAGGUGGCUGCUUUUCAACAGAGAUAUCCUGAAUCCACCUGAAAGUGAUGCUGAAACGAAAGCCAGCUUGUAUGAAACCGGAAAAACUGUUCUGAGAUAUCAUGAGCAUCCAGGCUCGGCUCCUCUGCCCCACUCAUCCCGGGAGAUCAUUUUUGGACCGCUUCACUCAGAGAGCUCUCAAACCAGCGAGGGCAGCCAAGAGACAGGAGACUCUGGACACUACUCCAAUGAAGAGGUGAGCGACCCCUCGACCAGCCAGAGCUCCGGGGGAAAGUCUCGGGGACUGGACAGCGUGGGCAGCACCGCAGAGCUGAAGCAGUCCUUCAGAGUGCAGAACGAGGAGAUGCCCAGCCUCCCCCUCCAUCACUCGGACGCGUCCUGGCCCCACAGGAGUUCAGAAGGUGUUGGUCCUGGUCCUGGUCCUGCCCCGUGUGCUUCCCAGUCCGCCAGUUCUUGA